UUUGUGUAUUCUGGCUGCGCGGUGGCGGCAGCGUCGGCGGCUCCGGGGGAGGGGGGGAAGAUGGCGGCGUCCUCGCUGGAGCAGAAACUGUCCCGCUUGGAGGCCAAGCUGAAGCAGGAGAACAGGGAGGCCCGGAGGCGCAUCGACCUCAACUUGGACAUCAGUCCGGCCCGGACUCGGCCUAUUAUUGUGAUCACUCUAAGCCCUGCUCCCGCUCCAUCCCAACGUGCAGCAUUGCAGCUUCCCUUAGCCAACGAUGGAAGUAGCCGCUCCACCUCUUUGGACAGCUCACCCCAGCAUCAUCACACUCAUCCGUCACGCCCCCGAAACUUUCUGGGCCUGCCUCCUCAGCCCCCCUUCCACAUGAACAAGAGCAUGGAGAGUAUAGAGAUUGAUCAGAAACUGCAGGAAAUCAUGAAGCAAACGGGUUACUUGACCAUCGGAGGGCAGAGAUACCAAGCAGAAAUCAAUGACCUAGAAAAUCUGGGUGAGAUUGGAAGUGGGACGUGUGGACAGGUGUGGAAAAUGCGUUUCAAGAAGACUGGACACAUCAUAGCUGUGAAGCAAAUGCGUCGUUCUGGUAACAAAGAGGAGAACAAGAGGAUUCUGAUGGACCUGGAUGUGGUGCUGAAGAGUCAUGACUGUCCUUACAUUGUUCAGUGCUUUGGAACUUUCAUCACAAAUACUGAUGUUUUUAUAGCCAUGGAGCUAAUGGGCACAUGUGCAGAGAAGCUGAAAAAACGAAUCCAAGGGCCUAUCCCUGAGAGGAUCUUGGGAAAGAUGACUGUGGCGAUUGUCAAAGCACUCUACUACCUGAAAGAGAAGCAUGGUGUCAUCCAUAGAGAUGUGAAGCCUUCAAAUAUCUUGUUGGAUGAGAGGGGGCAAAUCAAAUUGUGUGACUUCGGGAUCAGUGGGAGGCUGGUGGACUCGAAAGCCAAAACCCGGAGUGCUGGUUGCGCAGCAUAUAUGGCGCCUGAGAGAAUAGAUCCCCCUGAUCCCUCAAAACCAGAUUAUGAUAUACGUGCAGAUGUUUGGAGCCUCGGCAUCUCUCUGGUUGAGCUGGCUACAGGUCAGUUCCCCUACAAGAACUGUAAAACAGAUUUUGAAGUCCUCACCAAGGUGCUGCAGGAAGAUCCUCCCCUUCUCCCAAACAACAUGGGAUUUUCUGUGGAUUUCCAGUCCUUUGUGAAAGACUGCCUUACUAAAGAUCACAGGAAGAGACCAAAGUACAACAAGCUACUUGAACAUAACUUCAUCAAGCGUUAUGAGACACUGGAAGUGGAUGUGGCGUCCUGGUUCAAAGAUGUCAUGGCUAAGACAGAGUCACCCCGCACGAGUAGCAUCCUUAGCCAGCACCACCUGCCAUUCUUCACCAGGUAGCCAUGUAGUGUGGCUAUUGUGCCAAGGAAGGACCCCUUGGCAGACAGAGCUUGCAAGGUGGGGCAAGAGAGAGCACCACAACAGACACCUGCCCUCACAACAGCAACUCUUCAGUGGCAUGAAUUGUUUGCUUCACCUGCUCAAAUCACCCUUGCCCAUGUUGUCUUUUCCUUCAGUAUUGCCAUGAAGAGAUGGGGUGGCUGUCUGGUCUUUCUGGAAUGUGGGUGUGUUCUAGAGCCUUUGGCAUUUCUGGCACCAGGCAGCCCAAGCAUACAAGGCCUUUUCCAGCCUGUGCUUUCUGUGAUUGAGCGCCUGCCAUCCGGAGUUGCCACGAAGUGACAGCUGCUCCCUGCUUGUCUCUCUCCACCUUGUCUGGAGGCUCAACAGUGACCCUUGCUCACGCACUGUGAACAGACACAAAACACACAAAAGGAAAAAGAAGAUAUUUUUUUUACCACUUAUUUAUUAAGUUUGGACUUGUGGUGCUGCGGGCCGCCUGCUGCACCCGUUCACCCAUCCCUGCGUUAUUAAUGUCUGUUUUUGUUUUUCGUUUUUUUGUUUGUGUUUUUGGGAUUGUAUUUGCUGAGGGGGAAUGGGGCUGGACGUAGAUGGGUCGUCUGCUGCUUUCGAUUCUGAGCUUAGCUGUUGCUGUUGUCUUGGUUUCAUUUUUUCUUAGGGCUUGGGGAGACAGGAAAGUGUAGGUUUGAGAAUUAUUCUCAUCCAAGAGUAGCUCAGUUAAAGUGAUUUUUUCCCUCUUCAAUUCUUUUUGAACUCAGGGGUUCCUAUCUUUUAUUUUGAGCGUGAACAAAGUUUUGUCAGUGGUGUUUUAUUUACCAAAGUGUGUGUUUGGUGCUAGGAUAAAUGCUUGUUCAUUUUCUUCCAGUAUUUAAGAAAAGGAAAAGCAGAACUUAAAAGAUAAUCCUGGCAUCAAGAAAGCCAUUUUUAAAAAAAGAUUCAGCCCAAAUGAUUCUUACUGCUGUGUCUUAGGGAUUCUUUAAUAUAUUUAAAUAGUAACACAUUUAUGCCCUAUUGUGGACUUAAUUGACUCGAUUCUUAACUGGUCACAAGUGUGUAUCUCCAGUUGAGAAUUGGUCAGAGUUUGCUCUUUGGAGAUCAUGGGCUAGAAUCUGCACUGUCCAGAUGCUCAGACUUCAUGAAAUCUCAGAGGCGGGAUUCUAAAUUAUCCAAAAGGCUUGGAGGAUGAAGGCUGAGCACCCUCCUCAAUCCUACUCUUUCAGAAUAAAGCUUUUUUUCUGCUAGUGUUUUUAACAGGAUAAGAAGCCAGAAGGGACAGAAUUCCAGUCAACUCUAAUUGACAGGCAUUCCCAAAGUGUUGGGGCCAUGCUGUAGGCACCAAGGUCUCUGGGUCAUUGAAGUUGUCAUAUAAACCUUUAGGGGCAACAAUUGCCACCAUCAGCCUUGGGAAAGAGAGGUGGUCAGAGACUUUGGGAAUGAAUCCUGGUUUUCUUCUUGAGUCAAUUCUGCCAAUAACAAUUGCAUUUCAGGUAGUCCAGAGGUUAAAGCACAGUCCUGAAGCUCUGACUGUUAACCUGAAGGUGAGGCUUAUUCCUGCUUUCUCUUGCUAGCAAAGGUUGGAGUACCAUAAUCUUAGCUCUUGUCUCAAUCCUAUGGAUAUUUGGGUUAGUGUGGUUACUUGUGCCUCUGGCAUAAAAAGGCGCUAUGAUCGUGCACUGCAUUGUCAGAUGCUGUACUAUACUAGAUGUAUAGAUCAACUUCAUAAACCCAACACACACACACAGAAGUUUUAGAGUAAAGUCAUAACAGUACUUGGGAUGUCCUGAAAAGAAGAUGCUCCUGUGGUCAUUGAUGAGGCUGGGCUGUCUGCUUAGUACAACUCCUUGAGACAUGAUUCCAUCUAUAUUCUGGCUGUUUCCAAGGGGGAGCUCCUAUAUUGUAUUAUGUUUCCAAGGGGAGCCAAAAUUAGGUACAUUCAGUGGCAGAAUUAGUGGAGGGAGGAGCAGUUACAGCAUAAUCCAUGUUUGGGCAUGUCCUACAAAGUGCUUGGGGGUGCUGGGCAACCUGCCAGAAAGUCAGACCAGACCAAGAGGGUCCUUUGAGAUUGGGGCAGUGCACUUGCUUGACUUGUGAAGAAGUAGGUGGGUGUUUUCUGUGACUGAUUAGAUUUUUAGAGUGGAUAGUUGCUAACAAAAUGAGGCAAGUUACCAAAGAGCUUGGAGGACAUGGAGAGUUCAUUUCCUGAGAGGGUGGAGGUCUUCAUUCCUUGUGACUGGGACAUCGUUACAACACAGUGUGGAAGUUCAGUUAUUCUGCUGACCUCAGUAGUGACUGUUAAUGUGGCAGCAUUUUCGGAAUAUGAAGGAAGGCAAUUUCAUUUGCACACAGGCUUUAUGAGUAGGUGGUUUUGUGCCUAAAAGAAAAUGGGUGGAGUGUAUUAUAUGAAAAGACAUUUGCUGUAUGAGAGAAAGUUGGAAGUGAAAAGCUGGUGAAAACUAAAGGGCAGUGAGCAGAGAAAGCAAGUUUCAGAUUUAAGAUGCGUCCAAACAGUGAGUGAAUAUUAAUGGUUUUUAUGGAAGUGGAGUAGGAAAAGCAAUGAAGUUUACCUAUGGGUGUCUAAUGAAAAACAGAAGGUGGUACUGCGGUGCAUGUUUAAGAGAUGCCUAGCCUCCAAGAUGAAUUCCUUUAGUAUUGUGGAGGCUUCAGCAAGAUGUUUAUUUAGCCUCUUCUGUGAACUUUGGCUAUGAUGUCUUCCUAAACUCUCCAGAAUUUAAAGAAAAUCUGAGUGUUUUCCAAAGACAUUAUGCCACAGUUUGAAAGUAGCUUGAAAAUAGUGUGCUUAAACCAUAGUUUGAGAACCAGGAACAAACAACAAACUCACACACUUACCUUUCCCAUUAGUGAUCUGAUCUUGUUAGAGUAAACUACAGUUUCCCAUUGGAUCUGAAAUAGUAAACCGAGCUGUUACAGUAUUACUGUUAGCAGUAAUAAUAAACCAUGGUUUGAUCCUGGUUAGUAAAAUAACAGUUUGCCAAUUCAGACAUAAUGGGGAAUUGCAGCUGAAACUAGCCAGGAUCUCUGCACCAACACAGGGUGGGAUAAAGGGGGAGAAUGCAUGCCUGAUGUUUGCUGACUUCCUAAACUUGGAUUUAGAGAGUCAGUAAUGUACAUCCAGAAAUAUUUUUGAUUUCAAGAUAUUGAGUCGUGCUUUUCAAAAAACUAAAUAAAUGGGUGGUUCCGCAUAGGCAAAAGACUUUGUUAUUUUCAAUAACAAUAUCUUUUUGCCGUAUUGGGUAUUUGCUCUUUGGGUAGAGGACAAACAUAGUAGAAAUGCAGUUUUGUGUUUCCCUUGAGCAAAAUAUCAAGAAAGCUCAUAUUAAGACCACUUGGAGAUAUCAUCUGUCGGGGUGAAGGGCACAGGAGAUAAUUUUGCCAAAGAAAUGUGUUUUGGUUAGGAAUUGUUCAGGCCUCCCAACUUCAAAUUGAUACAAGAAUGAUCCCAUAAAGAUGCAGAUUUGAGAUGUCACUUGCACACAAAAAAUGGUUUGGAGAAGAGUAAAGCAUGCUUUCUAGGGCAUCUUCCACAAGAUGACAAGAAGAGCAGUACACUGUCAAAAUAUUGAACUGCCUAGAGAAGGAGUGGGGAGAGGCUAAAACCCUUUAUAGCAGAGGACAAGGUAGAGUGGCUGAAAGAUAUAAUGAGAAACUCAUAGGUGAACUAAAGCCCUGGUGACCAGUAGGACCAGUUGCAGUAGUCUUCUCCGCGGAUGAUCAGGGUGGCCUGUCUUUCUCAGUGAUAGGCCCUCACCCUUCUGCUUGCUUUUGCACAGUCCAGCAAUUGCGGAGUUAAUCACUACUUUAGAGAAUUCAUCUUGGAAAGUAGGCUGGUAGUCAUCAAAGGUCUGGGCGUGUUUUGUCGGGGAAGUGAAGCACCUUGGGUAGAGAAUGCUGGCGCAGGUGAGGGAACAGAGGAGAUAUUGGAAGUGUGAAAAGUUGGACUCGAGAUCCAGGUGGAAGAACAGCACGUGCAAGUUGAGAACGGCACUGGGCUGUGUGUAGAAGAAAGUGGUGUUUAAAUUGGAUGUCAAGUUAAUGUGCGGAGUGUACUGGGAAGUACAGAAGGUGUGGGAAAGAGAUAAAUAGAAAGGGUUAGUAGAAGCAGUCUAAUGGGAGCCAUUUUAUUGCCUUGUCCUAAAAGCUGGGUGUGCCCUCCUUUUGGCUCUGCAACCUGUUCUUCCAUUGGACUUCUAUGAAAUGUACUUUAGCAAAUGAAGUAUACUAGUUGGCAGAGAACUGGUGAUACAUGGUAUGACAACUGGCACUGGUACCUUUCCAAAGUGGCUGAUAUCUAAAAGUGGAAUUAGCAGUGGAUCUACCUUCUGGCUUGACCUAAAAACCAUGGUUUAGCUUUAGAGCACAGAGCCUCUCAAAACUUUUUUAUUAGCAAGCAGUUGCCAGCAUGAAUUGGUUAGAUGUGCACCACAGCCCUAAUCUUUAGUGGCUGGCUAGGCCCUGGAAAUCUUAAAUCAAGAAGCAUUGGUUGGAAGAUAGUUGAGAGUACAAGAAUGUUCUUAGAGCACUGGGUUUUCUAGUGCUGAUGGAAAGCAGGUGCCCCUAAUGGGAUUGGCUUUGCAACGAUGAGAUUUUUCUCUUUAAAGAUGGCUUUUGGGUUUUGUUUCCUCUUGGUGUUUAAGAAUUUGUAGGUAUCUGCUUUGCUGCUCCUAAAAGCUUUAUUCCGUUUAAGAUUCCAAGUGAUGGAACUGUCAGGUCCUAUGAAUAAGUGCCUCCUGUAAUGUAACUCCUGAAAAGCUAUUUUGUCCGUUGAUUUUUUAGUGGAUAUUUAUUGAACAUUUGUGUCGUAUCUUGUGAACUUGGAAUUUAAGAAAAGAGCCCUUUUUUAAAAAAGUUGCUUAAAAUAAGUAACUUCAGCCUUGCGCUGUUUUAACUUUCCAUCUGGAAGCUUGUUCCAGCCAUUAAAUAAAUAUAUAAAUCUUUUGGCUCUCCUUUCUCUAGUGCCUCAAGACGUCAAGGUUUAGAAGUGCUCCUCCCACAAAGUUGUGAAAUAAAUUUGCCUACAUGUUUGGAAAUGUGACGUAUGAGAUUUUUCCUGCACAUUUCAUCACAUGUACAGCAGAGCAGUAGCUAGAAGAGAUACCAAGAGAUUUCUCCAGGUGUCUGAGUUUGUGUUCUUGUCUUAGCAAGGCAAAUGAUACCAGCAAGGGUCUUCAAGGGAAUUAGACUGUUUGCAUGCAGGUACUUCAGUACAUAGUGAAGUAUGUACUUGAGUAUUUAUAAAAUGACUAUUAGAUGAAACGCAGUACAGUGACUUGGUAAAGUCCCAGAACUAAAUCACUUUUUUAAAAAAGAAGAAGAAGAAGAAGUUAUGCAAAUGUCAAUUAAGGUUAAAAUUGAAAAUAUUUCUCAUGAACUGAAAAUUUAUCCUGAUGGAGAACAUGGCCGAA